UGUGGGGCGGUCACCAUGGAGACGCGUUGCCCCAGCCACGCUGUGGGCUGCGCCAGGCGCGGGUCGCGGCCCCCCGGGCGGAUGGACUGCCGCGGUGGGGCCGGGGCGUCGGGGUACGGGUACGGCGAAGAGUGCGACGACGACGAGGAGGACGAGGAGGAGGAGCGGGAGGGCGGCGCGGCGGGCUCGCCCAGGCCCAGACUGCCCCCCAUCGCGGGCGGCGCCUCGGAGCUGAGCAAGCGGAAGGUGAAGAAGAAAAAGAAGAAGAAAAAGACCAAGGGGUCGGGCAAGGGGGACGAUAAACAUCAGAGUCGGAGCCUGAAAAGCCAACAGUUUUCCUCAUCCUCUCAUGACAUCUUAAAUCCCAGCAAAGACCACGGCUCACGGCCGGAGCACAGACAGGACAAACAGGAAAACAAGCACGUCCUUCCUUACUCCUCCACCAUCAAUCUUCGCCACUUUGCUGAAAUAGCAGAGAAUCUUUCGAACAAGAUCAAUGAAACCCUGCGCUGGGAUGGAGUUCUCGCUGACCCGGAGGCAGAGAAAGAGAGGAUUCGCAUAUAUAAAGUGAACCGGAGAAAGCGGUACCGGAUUUUGGCCCUCAAGGGCUUCAACUCGGAUCCCUGUGACGAGGAGACCCCUGAGAACUUACCCUACCUCCCAGACAAAGGCAGCAGCUCCAACGGCAGGCAGCCUGCACUGAAAGCCAACCGCCCUGAUCACUACUUUGAAGGAAACCUUAACCCAAAGCUCCUACACUCUGACUUAGUUACUACUCCACCGGAGUAAAUACCCACCCACAAUGCUGAUGGCCUUAUUAUAAUCUCUCCUUACCGCAAUUUUAUGUGUUAAAAAAGAAUAAUAAUAAAAGGAAAUCAGACUGUGUCUGAAGGAA